AUGUUAUCAUGCCAUGACGCCUUGGGUGGGGAGGCUCCGUUCUUCUUCUCGACCCCGUUGGGUCCUCUGGGGACGUUACUUCUGCGAGACGAUGAUGGCGAUUUCAACUUGUCCCAGUUGGAACGCUCACCAACAAUGAUAUCAAUAGAGAACUUCAUCUUACUUUCUAUUCAACGUGCGGUAUCUUGCUUCCAGUUUGGUAUGUCUAUUAUGCUCUUCACGUUGUCUUUCAUCCACAACAUCGUUGGCCACUUUGCCACAACACAAGACAAGGUUGUGCACGCUACGUGGUGCCGCGGUGCCGCCAUUGGCCGAGGAGGUUUGCACUUUGCGAACUGA